CUUGGUUGAAUGAGUGUUGUAUGGUACUUCUGGCACUGCAACAUGAAGCUCUCGCUAGUUCUCCUGGUAAUAUCGGCCUUCGUGGCUGUUCAAGCUGCUCCUAGACCAGAACCAAACGUCAUAUCCAUCAGCAGUCAAUCCAGCGAGGCAGCUAGCAGCAGUAGCAGCAGUAGCAGUAGUAGCUUCGAAAGUUCGAGCAGUAGCGGUGGACAAAGCAGCAGUAGUUCGUCCCAAAGCAGCAGUUCAUCCAGCGCGUCCGAACAAAGUCAGUCUAGCUCCAGAAUCAUCAGCAACGGAAGCAGUGGCAGCAGCAGCAGUAGCAGUUCUUCUCAAAGCAGCAGUUCCGCUAAGUCAUCUGAGGAAGAAAGAGAAUCUAGCUCGAGAAGCAGCAGCAACGGCAGUAGUAGUAGUAGCAGUUCUUCUCAAAGAAGCAGCAGUGCUAGCGAAUCUGAAGAAGAAAGAGAAUCUAGGUCGAGGAGUAACAGCAAUGGAAGCAGUAGAAGUAGCAGUAGCUCUUCUAAGAAAAACAGUAGUUCAUCUAGUGCAUCUGAAGAAGAAAGGGAAUCUAAAUCAAGGAGCAACAGCAGUGGAAGAAGUAGUAGUAGCAGUAGUUCUUCCGAAAAGAAAAGUAGUUCCUCUAAAGCAUCUGAAGAGGAAAGGGAAUCUAAGUCAAGAAGUAACAGCAGCGGAAGAAGUAGUAGCAGCAGCAGUUCCUCUCAAAAAAGUAAUAGAUCUUCGAAGGCAACUGAGGAGGAAAGGGAAUCUAAGUCAAAAAGUGGCAGCAGCGGAAGAAGUAGCAGUAGUUCUUCCCACAGGAACAGUAGUUCCUCUAAAUCAUCAGAAAAAGAAAAAGAAUCUAGUACAAGAAAUUCCCAAAGUUCUAACAGACAGUCAUCUUCAUGGAAAAAAUCUGAGGAAGAAGAAGAGAGACUGAGACGCAGUAAAUCUAAGGAAUCUCAAAAUUCGAGCAGCAAAUCCUCUGAACGAUCUAGCAGUAAGUCAUCCUCUUCAAGAAGAUCUGAAGAAGAAGAAGAAAGAUGGAGGAAAUCCAAGAAAUCUGAAAGGUCUAACAGCAAAUGUAAGGAAUCUGAAAGUUCGAGCAGUAAAUCCUCUGAAAAAUCUAGCAGUAAAUUAUCUUCUUGGAGAAAAUCUGAGGAAGAAGAAGAAAGAUUGAGACGCAGCAAAUCCAAGGAAUCAGAAAAGUCUAGUCGCAAAUCCUCUGAAAGCUCUAGUAAUAAGUCAUCUGCUUGGAGAAAAUCUGAGGAAGAAGAAUCAAAAUCAAGAAACCGUUGGAACAAGAAAUCUAACAGUAGCUCCGAAAAUAGUAACAGCUCUAAUAACAGUAGUAGUUCUAAUAAUAGCAGUAGCUCUAGUAAUAGUAGCUCAAAUAGUAGCAAUUCUAAUAACAGCAACAAUUCUAACAACAGCAGCUCAAACAGUAAUAGUGAUUCUAACAGUAGUUCAAAUAGUAGCAGUGCAAACAACAGCAAUUCCGACAACAGCAGCUCAAACAGUAGUAGUGGUUCCAAUAGUAGUUCCAACAGUAGUAGUUCCAACAAUAGUAGCUCUAAUAAUAGCAGCAGUUCCGAAAACAGCAGCUCCAACAGUUCCAGCGGUUCCAACAGUGGCUCAAGCAGCAGCUCAAACAACAGCAGCUCCAACAGUAGUAGUGGUUCCAAUAGUAGUUCCAACAGUAGUAGUUCCAACAAUAGUAGCUCCAAUAAUAGCAGCAGUUCCGAUAACAGCAGCUCCAACAGUUCCAGCGGUUCCAACAGUGGCUCAAGCAGCAGCUCAAACAACAGCAGCUCCAACAGUAGUAGUGGUUCCAAUAGUAGUUCCAACAGUAGUAGUUCCAACAAUAGUAGCUCCAAUAAUAGCAGCAGUUCCGAUAACAGCAGCUCCAACAGUUCCAGCGGUUCCAACAGUGGCUCAAGCAGCAGCUCAAACAACAGCAGCUCCAACAGUAGUAGUGGUUCCAAUAGUAGUUCCAACAGUAGUAGUUCCAACAAUAGUAACUCCAAUAAUAACAGCAGUUCUAAUAACAGCAGCUCCAACAGUAGCAGCGGCUCCAACAGUAGUUCAAGCAGCAGCUCAGAUAACAGCAACUCCAACAGUUCUAGUGGUUCUAACAGUGGCUCAAGCAGUAGCUCAAAUAACAGCAGUAAUGGUUCUAAUAGUGGCUCUAGUAGCAGCUCGAACAACAGCAGUUCCAACAGUAGCAGCAAUUCCAACAGUGGAUCAAGUAGUAGUUCAAAUAACAAUAGCAGCUCAAACAAUAGCAGCAGCUCAAACAACAACAGUAGCUCUAAUAGUAGCAGCGGUUCUAAUAGUGGAUCAAAUAGUAGCUUAAAUAACAGCAGCAACUCAAACAACAGCAGCUCCAACAGUAGCAGCGGUUCUAACAGUGGAUCAAAUAGUAGUUCAAACAAUAGUAGCAACUCAAACAACAGCAGCAGUUCAAACAACAACAGUAGCUCUAAUAGUAGCAGCAAUUCCAACAGUGGAUCAAGUAGUAGUUCAAACAACAGCAGCAGCUCAAACAACAGCGGCAGCUCAAACAACAGCAGCAGCUCAAACAACAGUAGCUCCAACAGUAGCAGUGGUUCUAAUAGUGGAUCAAGUAGUAGCUCAAAUAACAGCAGCAGCUCAGACAACAGCAGCUCCAACAGUAGCAGCGGUUCUAACAGUGGAUCAAGUAGUAGUUCAAACAACAGCAGCAGCUCAAACAACAGCAGCAGCUCAAACAACAGUAGCAGCUCAAACAACAGCGGCAGCUCAAACAACAGCAGCAGCUCAAACAACAGUAGCUUCAACAGUAGCAGUGGUUCUAAUAGUGGAUCAAGUAGUAGCUCAAAUAACAGUAGCAGCUCAGACAACAGCAGCUCCAACAGUAGCAGCGGUUCUAAUAGUGGAUCAAGUAGUAGUUCAAACAACAGCAGCAGCUCAAACAACAGCAGCAGCUCAAACAACAGUAGCAGCUCAAACAACAUCAGCAGCUCAAACAACAGUAGCUCCAACAGUAGCAGUGGUUCCAACAGUGGCUCUAGUAGUAGCUCAAACAACAGCAGCAAUUCAAACAACAACAGUAGCUCCAACAGUAAUAGCUCCAGCGAUAGCAACUCAAAUAGCAGUGGUUCCAGUAGCAACAACAACAAGAACAGCAGCUCCAAGACCUCUUCAUCAAGCAACGCAAGUUCCCAAGCCAGUAGCAGCAGCACCAAAACUAGCAAAAACGGCAGCUCAUCCAGCUCGCAGUCUAGUAGCGAAUCUGGAUCGCAGUCUAGCGCAAGUAGCAGCGAGAAACGUAAUGCCGAUGGCAGUGAAAGCCAAAGCAGCAGUGCUAAGAGUAGCGCCGCACAGAAAAGCAGCAGUAGCAGCCAAAUUAAGAAUGCAGAUGGCAGCGAGAGUAGCUCAAGUUCCAGUAGCAGUUCUGCAGCACAGGCAAGCGCGAAUAGCAGCGAACAACGUAAUGCAGACGGUAGUGAAAGCCUAAGCAGUAGCUCUCAGAGUAGCGCCGCACAGAAAAGCAGUAGUAGCAGCCAGACCAAGAAUGCUGAUGGCAGCGAAAGUAGCUCAAGCUCCAGUAGCAGUUCUGCAGCACAGGCAAGCGCGAAUAGCAGCGAACAACGUAAUGCAGACGGUAGUGAAAGCCUAAGCAGUAGCUCUCAGAGUAGCGCUGCACAGAACAGCAGCAGUAGCAGCCAGAUUAAGAAUGCAGAUGGCAGUGAGAGUAGCUCAAGCUCUACUAGCAGCUCAGCAGCACAAGCGAGCUCAAGCAGCAGUGAACAAGUCAGCGCUGAUGGUAGUGAAACCAUAAGUUCGAGCAGUAGCUCGUCUAGCUCCUCCAGUUCUUCCUCUUCUUCGAGCUGGUCCAGCGAUUAGAUUGUGUCGUUACAAUGACUAAAUACUGUACUAAUUUAUCCUUCUGCUUGAUCUAGAAAGAUUCUAGAAAAUACUUAUAGGACAUUCGUAUUUCAUACGAUAAAGGCAUCUUGUAGAAAAUAGAAGAUUCGAUCUUUUACGGGAUUUGUAGAAUAUCGUAAAUCUUUAUUUUUACAACCGAUCGACUUGGCAUCGUACAAUGGCUUUGUUUUCUGUUCGUUUUAAUCGAUUAAAGAGAGCAUGUUGAAAUGAGAUUUAGUAAAUACAACAAUGAAGAAAUAUACAAUCAGGAGUUAGCGCAAUGCACAUCGAAACGUCGGCAAUAAAGAAGCGAGUACGUGAAUUUACUGGGUACAGAGGAAUAACACCUGAGUCCUCAGGAAUGGCAACGCAUGGGGGGUAUCAUGGGCGAAACAGUAUACUCUGUUAUGUCCAUGAUACUGCUCAUGUCUAUAGGCGACGGUUACCACUUUCCAUCAGGUGGACCGUCAGCUUGUUUGCCAUUCUAAGUUGUAUAAAAAAAGGAGUACGUAGAAAGGUUUUUUCAUCGCGUUAAGUCCCAAUUGUGUUUUUAAAACAAUGAUAUUGUUAAAUAAACUAGAAUCUGUAUCAUGCGAUAUGUAUACUCUUUAAUUAUUUGAAGCAUAAUUUGAAAAAGACAAGACAAAAAUAAUAAUGUUAAUAAAGUUGAAAUAAAGAUUAUCAUAUAUUCGGCAGUUUUCA